CCGAUUACGCGUGAUCUAUAUUUUGUCAGCAUACUCAGCAUAAUCUCUUUUCUAUGCUCAGCAUAGUCACUGACUGUCUAGUCAGCAUACCAACAUACCCGUGUCCCGUGCCUGCGGCCCUACACUGUUCAUAAACACCGAGACAGUCAGCAGUAAAGACUAAAGUUCAGCACUCUGCACGUCAGCGCUCGUCACUCGUCACUCGUCAGUUCAGCACUUCAGCAACCAGUACUCCACUGGACAAGUUUGAUUAUUCUUAUUCUUUAUCUCUGGUAGCCGUGGCACUGUGACAGUCGUUUAGUGUAUGUAGAUGUAAUGUGGUAGAAAUAUAAACUACGAAGUAUCGAACUUGAAAGGUUUAUAACAGCAGUCAUGAAGUGUUCAGAUUGUGGUUCUCUGAACCUCGAUUCCAGCGAUGGACCAACAGUAUGCAUGGAUUGUGGUGGAGUCAUGGAUGAAUCUCAUAUUGUCUCUGAAGUCCAAUUUGAAGAAACUGAUCAUGGAUCGCGUGCUGUUGGACAGUUUUUAUCAUCUGAUUCUCAAGCUGCUAAUUUCCAUAACUUUGGCAGUGCUUUCCACCAUGGCAUGAAGCAACCAUCUCGAGAAAUGACUCAAGCCAAAGCUAGGCGUGGUAUACAAGUAUUAAGCAACAGUCUCAACCUUAGUCCUCAAACUUUGGAAAACGCUUGCGUUUAUUACAAUAUGGCAUUGAAAAGACACUUCACUCGAGGCAGAAAGAAUGCCUUAAUUUAUGCAGCAUCUGUUUACAUAGCAUGCCGUAUGGAAGGCACUAUGCACAUGCUAUUAGAUGUAGCUGAUGCUAGUGAAGUUAAUGCAUUUGAGCUAGGAAAGACAUACCUGAGAAUGAUGCAAACAUUGACUCUAACAGUGCCUAGUCUUGAUCCCAGUAUUUUCCUUAUGCGUUUCGUUAAUUCUCUGGAUUUUGGUGAUAAAACCCAUAUUGUGUAUACGACAGCAAUGCGAUUACUGCAAAGAAUGAUGAGAGACUCAAUUCAUACAGGUAGAAGACCGUCAAGUUUAUGUGGUGCAGCUUUAUUGAUUUCGGGGCGUAUGCACGAUUUUAAUCGUACAACUGAUGACAUUAUUAAAGUUGUUCACUGUCACCAUGCCACUCUGAAGAAACGGUUACUGGAAUUUAAAGAUACACCUUCUAGUAUGUUGUCAAUUGAAGAGUUUAUGACUGUUGACUUGGAGGAAACCCACGAUCCUCCAUCCUAUCGAGUUGCCCGUGCUAGAGACAAAGAGCGCAUAGACAAAUUUUUUGAAGCUAAUGAUAGUGAAAAAGUGAUUGAUGAAGUAAAAACUGCGAUUGAAAAAGAACUAAGUAAGAAAAAAAAUACUUCAGUCUUAGGUGUCAACUUAGUUGAAAUUGCAGCAGCAGCAUCCCCUGAACCUGGAAGCAGUUGCAAACCUGUCAGUGUAGGGCCUUCCUUAGAAAUUAUGGGCUUAUCUGAAAGUAAACGAUCUUAUGAAGAAGAUGACGAAGAGGAUUCAUUGUGUGAUGUUGUAAUAGAUGAAGAUGAAAUAGAUUCUUAUAUUCUGUCUAAAGAAAGCCAUCAAAUCAAAAGAAAUAUGUGGAUGAAAAUGCAUGGUACUGCUUUCAGAAAGAUGCAAUUGAGUAGGGAAGAAAGAGCUAAAAACCCAAAAGUUAUCAAAGCUAAAGAAAAAAAAGCCAAAAAUGCAUUACGAACACCAGCAAAGACGGCAGCUGAAGCUGUGGAACGAGUAUUGAAAAAGAAAAAAUUAUCAUCAAAAAUUAACUAUGAUAUACUUGACAAUCUUGACAGUUUUGUUAAUUCUGAUUCCUCAUCUUUACCUGGACUAUAACUUGAUUUAUUUUAUAGUAAUAUAACUUAUAAAUUAAAAUUUGUUAUAUUAUUUAGUUCCUUUAUAAAUUAGGCAUGUACAUAUAAUUUUUUAAGAAUGUAUAUAUUUAUUUAUGAUAUUGUUUUAAAAUAAUGUACUUUAAAACCGAAAAGAACUAGAUGAGUUAAUACUGCACUUAAUAGUAUCACAAA